CAUUAACAGUCGCAAAAACACACAAAUACAAAAUUCUCGUUUUACCCCCUGGGGGUUAGAAAGGGAUAGCAAGAGCAACGCCACCCCCCAAUCCCCCAUUCCUCAUUCCACCAUCCAUCCACCAUCACCCGUCACACAUGCGCGAGUGCGAGCGGGACACCACCAGCGCUGGAGCGCCCAACAACAACGAUAAUGGUGGCGCGAGCGGACCGCAGCAGUCGGCCGAGGCCGUACCGCUCCAACACCCCCUCCCCACGCAAGCGAUCAAGCAACGGCGGCCGAAGGAACCGACCGAAGAUCCACCCGAAUCGCCACCCAACGACUAUCAAUCGGGUCCGCCCCCCAAGCCGCCCAUGCCCCCACCACCCCCGCGAAUCGGCAGCAGCCAAGCGGGCAGCAGCGUGCUGAUAAUGACACCAGAUCAAAUCAUCGAGGCCUACGAACGCGCCCUGCAGGAGGGGCAAGGGGGCGACGAGGAGGCCGGCGACGGCGAGCGGCAAAAAGGCAACACUUGGCUGAGCAGGCCGAUCAGUGUGAAAUCGACGCUGAGGGCCGUUCGCGACGGUCUGCUCUACGUGGUCGGCGGAUUCCUGCGCUUCGUUCGACGCCUAGACAUGCACGGCGGCGGUACCGGCAAUAACAUCAACUUCGUCGAGGGGCUGAUCGACUUUCUGGCGGGCUCCAUUGGGGGGGCCGCCCAGGUCUAUGUCUCCCAGCCCCUCGACACGGUCAAGGUCAAGCUGCAGACCUUCCCGGAGGUCUAUCGCGGCAUGUGGGACUGCUUCGUGAGCACGUACCGCAAGGAUGGCUUCAUGCGCGGCCUGUACGCCGGAUCCGUUCCGGCCGUGGUCGCCAAUGUGGCGGAAAACUCCGUACUGUUUGCUGCCUACGGCGGCUGCCAGAAAUUCGUCGCCUUUUUCGUCGGCAAGGAGACGCCCGGCGAGCUGACCACCGUGGAGAACGCCUGCGCCGGCUCCCUGGCCGCCUGCUUCUCCACGCUAACCCUCUGUCCCACCGAACUGAUCAAGUGCAAGCUGCAGGCGCUGCGCGAGAUGAAGCACUUCGUGGAGCCGGCCCAUCCGGAGGACAUGCGCACGCCCUGGACGCUCACGCGCUACAUCUGGAGAACAGAAGGCAUUCGAGGCUUCUACCGGGGCUUGAGUUCAACGUUCCUCCGUGAGAUGCCCGGUUACUUCUUCUUUGGCAGCUACGAGGGCACACGCGAACUAUUGCGAAGGGAAGAUCAAACUAAGGACGAAAUCGGACCUGUGCGGACUAUGAUCUCGGGCGCCAUUGGAGGCGUCUGUCUGUGGACCUCGACGUUUCCGGCGGACGUGAUCAAGAGCCGCAUCCAGGUGAAGAACCUCAACGAGAGCAUGUUCGCCGUGGGAGCGGACAUAGUUCGGCGCGAGGGUGUCCUGGCACUCUACCGCGGCCUCCUGCCCUCCGUCCUGCGCACCAUUCCGGCGACGGCCACUCUGUUCGUGGUCUACGAGUACACCAAGCGAGCGAUGAGCGCCACCCUCUGACGAUCCUCUGGCGGGGAUCGGGUUCCGAUUUAACGGAUCCCGGACCGAGACGCUGUGCUAGUAGCAUAUGGCGCGUUGGCUUUUGGCGCGUGGCCGCGGGCGGUCAUUAUUAAAUAUUCGAUAAUUAUUCCGUUUUUUUUCUAGAUAAUUAUUAGAUCGUAGUGUUGUGCCUGUACAAUGUUCAGAUAAUGCUAAUGACUGACUAAUAUCCAA